AUGAAGCUCAUCAUGUGCUUUCGCUGCUGCUGGAUCGUGGCGUUCGCCCAAUACAUCUCGAACGUGACGGACGGGAUCGUCGACGGCGUGAGGAAGCUUCAGGACCUGGGCGUCGGAGCGGUGCUGGUGAACCUGCUGCCCCCGCUGGGCUGCGCGCCGCUGAACACCAGGGCGGACAACUACGCCAGGUGCGAGAAGGACAAGAUCACGGGCGCCCACAACAAGCGUCUCACGCACAAGCUGCGCGAUGACGACUCGGUCCUCCUGCUCGACCUCAACGCCGUCUUCAAAGGCAUCGUCACUCCCAAGACCGAGAAGCUGUUCUACCAUAGGCACACGCCGUGCUGCGAGAGCAUCGACGAGAGCGGAUUCUGUGGGCAGGUGGACGGCGAAGGCAACCUGGAGUACACGCUGUGCGACAGACCGUACAAGUACUUCUACUGGGACAGCACCAACCCAACGCAGGCUGGAUGGAAGGCCGUCAUGGAGCAGCUCGAAGGCCCCAUCAGAGAGUAUCUGGGCAUCUAGCUCUUUGGCAGUUUGGUUGAGGUCGUGUCUUGCCUUGCACGGAAGAGUUUGUUAGGUUAGGUUUGGAGAUUGGGCGUGUUCAUUCUUGGUGUAGGCAUUGGUGUCCAGAAAUUCCAUGCAUAUCUAGCUAUACAAAUUGGGUAGGGAUAUUUAGUUUAGAACUUUAGAUUGGGUAAUUGGUGUCGUGCUGCUAGAUUAUUGGCAUGUUACGUUGGUAUUUUGUGAUCUUCCAUGAAUGAGCAUCUCGUGAGGUAUAAAACAAAGAAAAUGUGCUGGUUCACUUC